AUGAGUAGAGUUGGAGAGAAGCCCCAUGAGUGUUCCGAGUGCCAGAAGAGUUUUCCUGAUAAGUCACAACUAAAGGUUCAUCUUAGGGUUCACACAGGAGAAAAAACAUUUAUAUGUCCAGAAUGUGGAAAGUGCUUCUCACAAAGUUCACAUCUUACUGUUCACCAGAGGAUUCACACAGGAGAAAAGCCAUUUAUAUGUACAGAAUGUGGAAAGUGCUUCUCACAGAGCUAUAGUCUUACUAUACAUCAGAGGAUCCACACAGGAGAAAGACAAUUUAAAUGUUCAGAAUGUGGAAAAUGCUUCUCACAUAGUACAAGUCUUACUAAACACCACAAGACUCACACAGGAGAGAAACCAUUUAAAUGUUCAGAAUGUAGAAAAUGCUUCUCACAUAGUACAAGUCUUACUAAACACCACAAGACUCACACAGGAGAGAAACCUUUUAUAUGUCCAGAAUGUGGAAAGUGCUUCUCACAAAGCUCUAAACUUAAUAUACACCAGAGGACUCACACAGGAGAGAAACCAUUUGAAUGUUCAGAAUGUGGAAAGUGCUUCUCACAUAGUACAAGUCUUACUGAACACCACAAGACUCACACAGGAGAGAAACCAUUUAAAUGCUCAGAAUGUGGAAAGUGCUUCACACAAAAAGCUACUCUUACUGAACACCACAGGAUACACACUGGAGAUAAACCAUUCCAAUGUUCAGAAUGUGGCAAGUGCUUCUCACAAAGUUUACAUCUUACUAUACACCAGAGGAUACACACAGGAGAGAAACUACGUAGACAAUGA